CACGUCAAUCAGUUCCUGCGGCGGCGCGAGGCUAAAGGGGAGGCGGCGCAGGAGCAAGACAGCGGCUGGAGGAGUAGAGGAAUUUUAUAAAGUGCAAUCGUAAAUCAGAAUAAUGGCGGGUAACCCUUCAAUGGCCAUGCUCAGUAAAGUCCUUGAGCAACAAAUGCUACAGACAACAGAGAUGGUUGAACAGCAGUUGGAUUCUGAGAUUGGGAAACUGGAUAAUAUGGAUGAGGAUGAACUGGAUAAACUCAGAACGAAGAGACUUGAAGCAAUGAAAAAAGCACAGCUGCAAAAACAGGAGUGGCUUACUAAGGGUCAUGGUGAAUACAGGGAGAUCCCUAGUGAAAAAGACUUCUUCCAAGAGGUUAAAGAGAGUAAAAAUGUGGUUUGUCACUUCUACAAGGACACCACAUUUAGGUGCAAGAUAGUAGACAAGCACUUGGCCAUUUUGUCUAAAAAACAUGUGGAAACCAAGUUCAUUAAAUUAAAUGUGGAAAAGGCUCCCUUCCUUUGUGAGAGAUUACGAAUCAAAAUUAUUCCAACAUUAGCUUUGGUAAAAGAUGGAAAGACUAAAGAUUAUAUCGUUGGGUUUGAUGAUCUUGGCUGCACAGAUAAUUUUACUACUGAGACCUUGGAAUGGCGGUUGGGUUGUUCUGGCAUCAUUAACUACAGUGGAAAUUUGAUGGAACCACCGUACACAACGCAAAGAAAAAGUGGAAGAAUCGCAAAGAUGGAGAAAGGGUCAAUUAGAGGAAAGAUGUAUGAUUCUGAUUCAGAUGAAGACUAGAAGCAGCUAUGAGCGUAUAAUUGGUUCAUUCCUUUCGUGUAAUUUAAAUUCUUGUAGCCAGUCUCUCUUCCUUUCCUGUUCUUUACCUAUUUAAGAUGCCACUCCAUUUAAUUGUAAGGUUGCCGUGCCAUUUAAUAAGAUCAUGGCUCAUCUUCUAACCUAAUUCAAUUUACCACCAUAUCCCUUAAUCCCUCUAUCCUUUAGUUUUUGUACAGAUUUAAUAAAUACUAAUGUGCUGUGUGAAAAUAGCUUGUAGAACACUGAUUAAUGCUUAAGUUUUGUUUUAGAAAGGGUAGUUGAACACAGUACACCCACUAGAAAUUAGUGCGGUGAUCCGAAAUAAACACAAGAUCAAAUCUUUGUGCGAGUCUGGAAAUUAACCUAUUUUACUGAUAAUGCAUUACAACCUAUUUUUGUACAUCAGAUGGACUAUAAUACAGAUCACUGGUAGCUGAACACUGUACUAACAGAUUUUUUAAAUAUUCACUAAACCUAGUAAUAAACAUCAAAGAUUCACAAGAAUCAAAUACUCCAUUUUGAGUAACACUGAACCAUACAGGCCAGUAAGGACUAUGUUCUGCUGAAUGAAAUCUCAACUGAGAUCAGAUGAGGUGGAAUUGGAGAAUGGUGUCUCAGUAUCUUUCAGGAAGGGUGAGAGAAAUGCCAGGGUUUGUACUCCUGAUUGCUAUCCAAUGCCCUUGCUGGAAAUGCAAGCACUUGAUGGGAUUGGACUCAGAUGUGAUGGGACAUAUAACCUGAUGCUUGCUGCAUUGGCUGCCAUGUGAAGAAUAACUUUUCAGCAAGGUUGUGGAAGUGACUGGCAUCUAGAAUCGCAAUCCUGUGUAAGGAACCAACAAAUAGAGAGGAAAAUUUUGA